AUGGAUUAUCGAAUUCGAUUAGAGCCUUCAGUUAAAUGCAUAAAUAGGUUAUUAAAGCAUGGAUUGCCAUUUCGUGGACAUGAUGAGUCAGAAGGUUCAAAUAAUAGAGGUUUAUUCUUGUCUUUGUUGGAGUUUUAUGCUAGUGAUAUAAAACAUGUCAAGAGAGUUGUGAUGGAAAAUGCUCCAAAGAAUCAUCAACUAACUUCUCCAGACAUUCAAAAGGACAUUGUUCAUGCAUUGGCUCUUGAAACGACGAAGUUAAUCACCAUGGAUAUUGGUGAUGACUUCUUUGCUAUAUUGGCAGAUGAAUCUCGAGAUGUGUCAGUGAAGGAGCAAAUGGGUGUUGUUUUACUCUAUGUGAAUGAAAAAGGAUUUGUUAUUGAGAGAUUUCUUGGUGUUUCACAUGUUAGUGAUACUAAAGCAGUGUCUCUCAAGAAGGCAAUUGAAUCAAUGCUUACUAAACAUGGAUUGAGUAUCUCAAGAGUAAGGGGCCAAGGCUAUGAUGGAGCUAACAAUAUGAAAGGUGAAAUUAAUGGACUGAAGACUUUAAUUUUGGAAGAAAGUCCAUCUGCAUAUUAUAUUCACUGUUUUGCACAUCGACUUCAAUUAGCUCUUGUUGCUGUUGCCCAAAAUCAUGAUGAUGUCAAUCUCUUCUUUUUUAUUGUUGGCACAGUGACUAAUUUGGUUGGGGCAUCAUGUAAAAGACAGGAUAUCAUUCGUGAAACUCAAUGUAGCAAAGUUGAAGAAGCUAUUGCAUCAGGUGAAUUGGAGACUAGGCGUGGAUUAAAUCAGGAAAUUGGUAUUAAGAGGCCUUCUGAUACUUGUUGGGGAUCCCAUUUUGGGACAUUGGUUAACUUAGAAACCUUGUUUUCAACAUUGGUUGACACUUUGCAAAAUCUUGAAGGAGAUAGAAAAGCAGUUGCUCAAGCAUCUCUUGUGUUGAUUCAACUUGAAGAUUUUGAGUUUGUAUUCAUGAUGAAGUUGAUGAUCGAGGUAUUGGCAAUCACUAAUGAGUUGUCUAUAGCUUUGCAGAAUAAAGACCAAGAUAUUGUUAAUGUUGUGCAUCUUGUGAAUGUUUCUAAAAGACGGCUGCAGGAAAUGAGGGAUAGUGGAUGGGAGCUUCUCUUUAAAGAGACGAUACACUUUUGUGCUCAAGAAUCUAUUGAAGUUCCUAACAUCGAUGACAUAUAUGUUCGUCGUGGAAAGUCGUAA